CUAGGCGAAUGCUCCACCACUGAGCCACACCACCAGCUCUUAUGCCACAUUUUUUAAAAAUCCAUUUAUCUGUCCAAGGGGACCUAGGCGGAUUCUGUAUCUUUGCUACUGUGAAUAGUGCCACAAUAAACUUGGUUAGUGGCAAGUCCACGCCAUGGCCAGCCUGAGGCGCGGCAGGCCCAACUGCAUCAGGGCAGCGUUCAGCACCACUGGCACUGGGCCCAGCUUCCGGAAGAGGCAGAGGAAUGCACGCCGUCGCCUCCAGGUCAACCACAACAGGAACCACAUGGACUUGGCUGAAGUUCUCUGGAGAGAGUUUUUAGAUUCUUACGAUGGUGAUUCAGAAGCCUGCCCUGGUCAGUUUGGCUCCUUCUCUGGCUGUUCCCCGGGUGAGAGGAGCAGUGUGCCUCUGUACACACUGAAGUCCAGGAGUCCCGAGGACGCCGGUGUCAACAACGCUCUCCCAUCCAAGGCCCCACACCUCUUGGUGAAGGCUGCCUGCUGGGCCCCCAUAUCCCUGGAAGUCAACGACGUGGACAUGCAACCCGAGAGUGAAGUCAGGCUGCCCCUGGAGCCCAGAGGCCCCCAGGAGGCUGGAAGGCAGGCGGAGAGGCCCUGCACAGCCCAGGACUCCAGAGCCACCAGGGCACCCACCCCAGCCAGUCCUGUGGAGCUCCUGGAGCUGGGCAGACACCUGCCCAGCAAGGCGAAGGGGACACGGAUGCUACCCAGACUCGGAGGCGAGAGAGACAAAGGGCCCAAGCUCUCGCUUUCCAAGAGAAAACUGGAACUUUUACUUGCAGAGCCUGAAAAAAAUAAGAGAAAGAAGCAGCUGAUGGCCUGAUCCAAGACAAAAGCCGAGAGGUUCUGGUGCUGGUGGUCCUGGUCUAGUCCUCUCCAAGUCUGGCUCUCUCCACACAGCAGUAGGACCUCGCUGUUCCCAAGUGCCAAUAAAGAGACGUUGCCACAAGGAA